CCCUCUGCGGCACGCACCAGUAACCGCCCGGGUCGGGGGCGGGAGCGGCCGCAGCCCCGCCGCCCCCUCCGCGCCCGGCGGCGGGGGAACCGCGCUCCGCGGAGCUCCGGCUCGCACUCCCCCCCCGCCCCCGCCUUGCCGCCGCGGAGCAGCAGGCUGAGGCCGCGGCUGCCAUAGAGACGCGGAGGACGCCGGUGCGGAGCGGAGCCCGCGGGACGGAGCCCGGCCAUGCCCUUCACCGAGCGCGCCUACUACCCGCCGGCGGCGGGGGGAGCCGGGGCCGGCGCGGGGCCGGCGGCGUUUCCCGCCUUCCAGUUCCGCGGCCGCCAUGAGGGCCCGGACUGGCGGCGGCUGAGCGCCGUGGACGUGGGCCGGGUGUCGCGGGAGGGGGACGUGGCGGCCCUGCAGGAGCACCUGGAGCACGUCACCUUCUGCAGCGCCGAGCGGGAGCGCUGCCCCCACUGCCAGGGCCCCGCCGACCCGCUGCUGCUCAAGCUGCUGCGCCUGGCCCAGCUCUGCACCGAGUACCUGCUGCACUCCCAGGAGUACCUCAGCGCCCAGCUCGGCAGCCUGGAGGAGGCCCUGCGGGCGGCCCAGGCCCAGCGCGACCAGCUGGGCAAGGAGGUGGCCCAGCGCUCGCAGGAGAUCAAGGGGCUCAAGGAGGAGUGCCGGCGGAGGAAGAAGAUGAUCAGCACCCAGCAGAUGAUGCUGGAGGCCCGAGCCAGCUACCACCAGUGUCAGUUUUGUGAAAAGGCUUUUAUGAACUACUCCUUUUUACAAAGUCACAUGCAAAGGCGUCAUCCUUUGGAAGAAUCUCAGAUUGAACAGAAGAGGAAAGCAAAGACAGACAAAUUGCAGGAUGAGAUUGAUAAACUGAAGGAGCAGUUGCAGCUCACCAAGUCCCAGUUAGAGGCUGAACAACAGGCUAAUAUGGUCAGGUUUUCUAAGGAAUGUGAACAGCAAAAAUCAAAAGAAGAAGAAAUUCUACAAUCAUUUCACAGAUGGAAAGAGGAGGAAAAAGAGAAAUUGGCUGAUGAAAUAGGAAAAGUGAAACAGAUGUUUAUGAAAGAGCUUAAGGAGUUAUCUUCAAGAAAUUCAACAUUAGAAAAUCAACUGUUAGAAUUACAAAAAUCCAAUAUGCAACAAAAAUCCAAUUUAGGGACGCUGAAAGACAGCCAGGAAUUUACAGAAGAGAAACCUCAGAGUCCUCAGGAUUAUCACAAUGUGGUUAAACUUCUUGAAAAACAGGAAAGUAAGUGGACGUCUAGAAUACAAGCCCUUCAUCAUGACCAUGAGACAGAAAAGGCCCUGCUACUGUCACAGAUUGAGAAGCUUAAAUCAUCACUGAGAGAAGACCUGAAUAAAAAUAACACCUUCUACAAGAGGAGGAUAGAAGAAUUAGGGCAGAGGCUUCAGGAGCAGAACGAUCUGAUUAUUACUCAGAAGAAGCAGAUAAAAGAAUUGUCCACAAGAUCAGUUGCAAGCAUUAAACCAUAUGAUGUGAACACUACUGUAGAGCAUCUUGAAGAAUCUAAACCAAGUCUACCGGUGAUGCAUGAAAUUGAGAAAGGUGAUCAUAAAACAGGUAGAAGUAACCACUAUUUAAUAAAUGCUUUGAAGACUGAUCCUUCUUUAACUAAAGAAUUACGAGUUGUUUUGGAGCAAGCCCUGGAGGAGAAGCUGGAAUCCUUGGGAAUUAAAGCAGGUGUUCGCGGUAUCCCAAAUGAUCACUUAAAUAAAAUUUUGCGUGCUAUUGAAUCUGCUAGAGAAUGCAAACAGAAGCAAGAGCCUGACAUUCACCGAAUUCGAGAGCAUCUUGAACGCCAAGUUAGCUUUAGGGUUGAAGAGAAAUCAUCAUCUUGUAAUAGACCUGUUUCCUGUCCUCAGCUUCCUUCAGAAGAUAAACAGAAGUUCAAUCAAUUGGGAAUUUCAUCAUUUGCCACACCACGAAAACCAGUAAAACGGUCUUCAACAGCUGUCCGCCCAGCUGAACAAAGAACCGCCAUCACUGAGAAUACAUCUACACCAAAAUCCAGGAAGCUUUUUGGAAAUGGAGGUUCCAGGAAGACAUCUAGCAUCACAACUCCACCAUUCAGUUCAGAGGAAGAAGCAGAUGAAGAUGAUAUUGAACAGUCUUACAUAUCACCAGAAUUAUUGAAAAAGCAGUCAAAAACAUCAAGCAACAAAGUCAGUGCUUUUCAGAAGGCUUCUGGCAAAAGCGAUAUGGAUGGGACGGAGGAAAGUGAAAUUGAAGAAACUGGAACACCUGCCAAAACUCCAAAAGGAACAGUUAUUCAAAAACUGACCGAACAAGUUGGAAAGAGUCUUUCUAACCAUGGAAAUAAGAAUAAACCAGCUGGAGGGAUUAAUGUUGCGCAAGCAUUUAUUAAGAAAGAAGAGGUGAAAGAACUGAAGUUCACAGAAGUUGAUGAAGAUGAUUGGGAUAUAUCAUCAGUAGAAGAAGACUUUUUAUUGAUGAAAGAUGAUAGAGGUCAGAAGGCAUUGACAGUUCAGAAAAAUGAGUCAAAUGCUGCAUCUGUGGUACAUGCAUGGGGUCUUCCGAAGACAAGUGUACCAAAGGAGGAAGGCCUUCAUGAAGCUGAUAAUACAAGCACGUUAAAAAGCAGCUUAGUCACUGUAACAGAUUGGAGUGAUUCUUCAGAUACAUAAUUGUUGCAUUCCUGAUGGGAGGCACUGCUUUGGGGUUCUGUUGGGGUUGAAAACGUGGUUGAAAACAUGAAGUAUUUCGUAUUAAUUUCUCAUAUUGGUCAUGUAAUAACAAGGAAUACUGUUUACAGAGCUCUUGUGUCUUUCAGUCCUGAAUUUGAAAAAAGAAUAUUCAUAUAUGCAUUACUGGCCAUGUCUGUCUGGAAAUUGAGAGUUAAUGCUUCUUUCUCAUGAAUUCAAUGGUGAAAGUCUCUUUGAUUUCACUGAGGUGAAAAUUUUGCCUCUAAUGUUUACAUUAAAGAUUGAAACUGGUCUUGCAAGGAAGCCUGUUAACCAAUGAACAGAAUUUACCGCAGAGUAUUACUUUAUAAAAUUUUUAAAUGCAUAUUUUCUUGUAUUUUAUCAUAAACUUUAUAUAAAAUUUUGAACAUUUUAAAGAAAAUAUUUCCAUGUAUUAAAAUGUUAAGUUUCUACCAUGGUUUACAAUAAACACCAAAUGAAAAGAAUAAAAGGCCUCAGCUAUAAAACUAGCUAUUAUUAAAUGCCUCCUAUUUGGGGAAGUUAUUCUUUUUUUUUUUGUAUUGGAGUUGAGUCUUAGUUAACAGAAAAGCACAAAAACUGGAAAAAAACCCAUCAAGCUAAGGUGAGGAAAGCACUGGCCUGCCAUUGUGGAAGUACUUUUAAAUAAAAGAACCUUGAAUGGC